ACGACCGCGGCUGUUGGGUGGAUAAAUUACAAUCCAAUACCGACCGCACAAGCCGCGAGCACUUUGACCUCCAUUUUAGCACGCGGAAACAGGCCGACACCACUCUAUCAAGCUGCAUUUUCGUCGUCUCUUCUCGGCCAAUUUUUUGUCUUCCAUAGCAAUUUAUGAGAUGUCGUUAAAAUAAAAAUGGACGACGAGAAGAAGACUUCCCAAAAUGGUAACAAGCUCACAUGUUACAUGACUAAGAUAUUAUGUAAAAAACUAUAUUACUAAGAACUUACCAAUCGAGUUUAUAGCUGUCUUAUUAAUCUAUUACUAAGCCCCCUUAUGUUUUCAUUCUGCUGUCAUCGCGAAUGUCAUUUUUCAUCAUCAACAAACAACAACAGAAAAAAAAAAAAGUAUUCAGACAAAGGGACGAGCGAGAAGGAAAAGCACAGCAUCAACUUGAGCUCGAAUAUCGUCGCACACAGUCAGCUCCAGCUUGCUACGUUGAUAUCCACGCAUUUUCAAUCCAUCGACGCCUCUUUGCCUCUUGUUCUACCCUCUCCGCCCCAGUGGACCUUACUCUAGACUGGGGAUACCGAGUUCUGGACACCUUAGCAAGAUCUAUACCACAGACAGCAUAAACAUAAUGCAUCUUUCUACUCUCAUUCUACUCCCGGCUCUCGCUGCGGCACAAGAGCAGGUUCCGUUUGCGGAACGUCUCCAGGGUUGGUUCAACCAAGCCAAGGAGCUGCUGCCUACUCCAAAGGUUCCCCAGGCUGUCGCACCCGUUACCACUCCUGCUCCUCCAAAGGCUGCCGUCGUAAAGCCAAAGACCGUUGCCCAAUUCAACCCAGACAAUUGGAGGGAUAUACUUGCACCUCAAUCAAACCCACAGGAAUGGUUGAUCUUUGUCACUGGUGGUAACAAGACCUGCUAUGGACAAUGCGGACAAGCAAACCGCGCCUGGAAGGAAUCACAAAACCAGUUCGCCCUCGACUCCAAGUCUCCUAACCUUGGACGUCUUAACUGUGAAGCCCAAGGUCUUCUCUGCGCCAUCUGGUCUGUUAGCCCACCAAUGCUAUGGCACAUCCAGGUCCCCAGUACGCCAUCCAUCGGCGAAGAGAAGCCAUUGACUCCCAUUCACCCCUUCCGUCUGAAUGCUACCACUGUCACCGCCGACGAUAUCUACAAAGUACACUCCGAGAAGCUCUGGGAGAAAGAGCCUGAGCUUCAGACCAUGUUCCACCCAUUCAAUGGCCUAGCCGCCGAGUACCGCAUCAACGAGGCCGUUGGCUAUAUCAUCUACUGCCUGGGUAUGAUCCCCAGCUGGGCCAUGAUGGUCGGUAUCAGCUUUAUCAGCAGAACCAUGAUGAGCCGUAGAAUGGGCCGCCCGGGCCAAGGUCCAGGGGCUCCCGGUGGUGCCGCCCCUGCUCCCGCUCAAUAAAUACUAAGCCUAAUGCCCCUAUGCCUUUGUUCUAUUUGUUCUAAGCAGGUUAUUCCGAGGUCAGGCUGCCAACGGUACUGCCGCUUUCUACUUGUUUCCUCUUUCUCGUCCUUGGGAAAAAUUCUGGUCGGAUUAAUGUCUUUUGGGGGUAGAUAAUGGAUGGAGAUCAUUUUGUUUCUUGUUAUCUACUUGUGGUGCGAGG